AUGCAGCACGCCUCGCCGGCCCGCGCCACCGCGCGACAGAACGUCGUGGUCCUCGCGGCCGCCUUGCUCCUCCCGCUCCUGCUCAUGCAGUGCGUCGCUUCGGCCGCGCCUGAAGUGAAGACGACCGCGGCUGCUCCCGCGACAGGAGCGGUUCCCGCCCGGAAGCCGCUGCGCAUCCUCUCCAUCAUGACCAUCGACACGAUGAGCCACCACAUCUGGAUGUCGGCGCUGACGGUUGAGCUCGCAAAGCGCGGCCACCUCGUCACCUCCAUCGACAUCAACAAGCACAGCGAGAACCCGCCCACCCUCAACACGAGCAUCAUUGAGACAGCCUUCCAACUCAACGAUCCGAAUUACAUGAAGCGUUGGAUGGUGGCCACGGUAGUAGAGCAGAUCAAUAUCCUCCAGGACGUCGGAGAACAAGAUUGUAAACGUGACCUGGCCGCACCAACCAUGCAGCGGCUGCUCGACCCGGCCUUCAAAGGCACCUUCGACCUCAUCAUCUUCGACUACUUAGCGGACUGUACCCUCGGCUUCGCCCACCGCUUCAACUACCCCGGCAUGAUCGCCAUGUCUCCCUUCCCCAUCUCGCCGUGGAUCGACGACCUGAUGUACAACCCGCAGGUGCCGUCGAUCCUGGCGCACACCAUGCAGCCCUUCCCGCACCCUAUGAACUUGUGGCAGCGCGCUUGGACCCUUUUUCUCCACGCGCACUCCAAGUUGAUGGUCUGGUGGUGGCGGCCCGUGCAGGACGGCCUCAUCAAAAGGUUCUUCGGCGAGGACGCACCUUCCGUGGAACAGCUGAGGCAGCACGUGCACGUGGCCCUCGUCAACGAGAACCCCGUCCUGGAGGCGGCCAGACCCUUGCCGCCGAGCCUCAUACCCGUCGGCGGCAUGCACGUCAAACCCGCCGACCUGGGCAGGAUUCCGUCGGACCUCCGCAAAUGGAUGGACGACUCGAAAGAAGGCUUUAUUUUCGUGUCGUUCGGAUCAAUCAUGAAAGGGAAGUUCAUUGAUCCAGUCAAGAAGCGUGCGCUCGUAGACAGCUUUGCAGCUCUGGCACCGGUUAGGGUGCUGUGGAAGAUCGAGCCGGACGCGGUGGUCGGGGAGCCGGUGGCCGCCAACGUAAGGGUGGAGGCAUGGGCGCCACAGAACGACCUGUUCGCCCAUCCUAAACUACGCCUCUUCGUCUCGCAUUGCGGGGGCCUCAGUGUGCAAGAGGCCUCNNACCACGGCGUGCCCGUCCUCGGAACACCCUUUAUUGUCGACCAGUUCGUCAACCUGGAGAAGGUCGUCGGCAUCGGCAUGGGCCGCGGGAUGCCGCUCAACGAGCUCACAAAGGAGCGCCUCGUGGCCGAGAUAAAGGAGAUGCUUACCAACCCUAGGUACCUCAAGGCCGCGAGGCACACCCGCACGCUGAUCCACGACCAGAAGGAGACACCCCUGGAGCGCGCCGUGUGGUGGGCCGAGUACGUCGGCAGGCACCGCGGCGCACCCCACCUCCGCUCCCCUGCGCGCGACCUGUACUGGCACCAGGUCAUGAUGCUCGACAUCGCCGCCCUGCUCGCGCUCGCCGUGCUGGCGGUGCUCCUGGUCGCCUUCCUGGUGGUCAAGUGCGCCGUCCAGGUCGUCCGGAAAAACAUGCAGCAACGGAAGGAGUCCCUAAAGAGUGCAAAGCAGGACUGAUAUCACUGGUGACAAGUGGAAGUGGGGUAAGUCCACUUUUUUCAAAAAUCACUUUUUUGCAUUUUUGGAUACUACUGGGUAAUAGGAACCAUAUGGUAUAUAGUCAAAACUUCUUUAAGUGCAACAAGCCUAGUGUUGAAUUUUUUAAAUUAAAGCUGUAUACUACCCGAGUUAUUUGACGUAUCCCAUGUCAAUAUGGGAUUAGUCCGGGUGUAUUUUUUGCAGACAGGCAAAAGUCCAAAACGAGGAUUUUCUAAAGAGGCAUAUGUCCGGAUGUGAUUUGUCAGAAUGACAUAUAUGUCCAUAGAUCCAGAGGACUUACGCCGUUCUGACAAAGUCACAACCGGGACAUACGCCCUUUUCAAAAGUCAUGCUUGUGGACAUACCCCAGUCUGUGAAGGGGCAUAUGUCCGGGUGUGAUUUGACAGACUGGCGUAUGUCCACAAACAUGACUUUUGAAAAGGCCAUAUGUCCCGGUUGUGACUUGUCAGAAUGGCGUAAGUCCUCUGGAUCUAUGGACAUAUGCCAUUCUGACAAAUCACAUCCGGACAUAUGCCUCUUUAGAAAAUCCUCGUUUUGGACUUUUGCCUGUCUGCAAAAAAUACACCCGGACUAAUCCCAUAUUGACAUGGGAUACGUCAAAUAACUCGGGUAGUAUACAGCUUUAAUUUAAAAAAUUCAAUCCAGUGUUUCCUAUUGCCAAACUGAGCUAGUCCAGGGUAUUUGCUUUGCCAUCUUGUCUAAAUUACAGAUACAAACCGUUUUUAUGCUCUCCUGAAAAAUCGGGUUUUUGGACAUACGACCUUUUCACUUUUCACCAGUGAUAUAUUGGUGGGCGGAUUUGAAAGAAUAGGGCUCCGGAACUUUUAGUCAAAACACAAAAACAAGUUUAGUAUAUAUUUUUAGGUUUCACACGAUACAGAAAUUUACCAUGAUUUUAGAUCUUCAUGCUUUUAUAUCUGGGGCACAGUAAAUCAUAACAAGGAAACUAGGCACCUAGUAAGCCAUCUGUAAAAUAAUAAUAAUAAAAAUUAAAAAAAACAUCUGCUAA